AUGGUGAACUAUGGAGGAGAUGAAGUUUCGGCACUGGUUGUGGACAUUGGCUCAUCCUCAUUGCGUGCAGGAUAUGCCGGAGAUGACACCCCAAAAGCCAUUAUACCCACCUCAUACGGCUACUUGCCAGCCCCUCCUGAUGCUGAUAUUUCAAUGCUGGAUGUUACUGAAGGGAAAGAUCCUGUGAAUACACCCAAAUUUGCGAAGAUCUACAUUGGACAGAACGGGCCCUCAAUAUGGAGAGAAGGGAUGGAGAUUGGAAACCCUGUCAUUGACGGUCUCAUCCAGGAUUUUAACCCCAUCCCUCCACUGAUUGAGCACGCUCUGAAGGAAGUCAUGCGUUGCACCCCCUCAGAACACCCCACACUCGUAACGGAACCCACUUGGAAUACGACUGCGAAUCGAGAGCGAAUGGCAGAAAUUAUGUUUGAGGAGUUCAACGUGCCCGCCUUUUACAUUGCGAACACUGGUGUGCUGAACGCGUUUGCCUCCGGAAAAGGGUCCGCCCUAGUCAUUGAUGUUGGCCAAUCCAUGGCAAGCGUAACUCCCGUGGUCGAUGGCUUUGUUCUUCGAAAAGGUCUUGUUUACACGGCACUUCCCAAGCUUGUUCACGCUCAUGCUCGACAUACGCUUGCCUCCCCUACACAAUCUCGAAGAGCUAUUGAACUCUUGCCUCAUCAGUUGAUUUCCAAUAAAAUGCCCAUUGAACCGGGCCAAUCUCCGAGGUAUACCCUUCGCGAAGACCGAAUGCAGGGAACUACUGAGAGCUGGCGAAAUUGGGCAGAGGCGAGGGAGGUUGAUGAGUGGAUUCAAAGUGUUGCUGGUGUUUUGGACCAAGGGUGGAACGAUCAGUAUGCAGCAUCGAGACCCGCAAAGCAGUACGAAUUUCCCACAGGCUACAACACAUACUUUGGAGCGGAUCGUUUCCAUGUCGGAGAGCAAUUCUUUUGGCAUUCGCCGCAGCUAGCGUCAAAUCCCAGUUUGCCGAAGAAUAUCCCGGCCCUCAUUACAGAGUCGCUGCGAGCUUGUGAUCCGGAGCUCCGCCAGGUGCUCAUGGGGAAUGUUGUCCUCACAGGUGGCGGAAGUCUCUUCUCUGGCUUUACGGAUCGGUUGUCGACAGAACUUUCGAGGACGUUCCCGCACGUGAGAUGUACGAAGAUACAUGCCCCUGGCAAUCCUGUUGAGCGCCGAUAUGGUGGCUGGUUGGGGGGUAGCAUCUUGGCGAGCUUGGGGACAUUCCAUCAACUGUGGAUUAGUAAAGAAGAGUGGCAGGAGCACGGCAAGGCAAUCAUUGGUCAAAGAUGUAAGUAG